CUUCCCUUUACCAAGAUCGGAGGGAAGUUUCUUCCCUCAGUAAGACAGUAGCCUGGUUCACACUUCACAGAUCAUCAUCAUCAUUAUCUCCGCCGCAGGAGGUGGCAGCAGAGUUACCGGCACGGCCUCCGGCGAAUAAAUUCCCUUUCAAAUGAAGUGGUACUUUGUUGCUGCGCUUCUCACCGUUCUCACUAGCUCUCAGGGAAUUUUAACGACAUUGUCUCAGAGUGAUGGCGGAUACAAAUAUGACUACGCGACAGUCCCUUUUCUAGCUGAAGUUUUCAAGGUGCAUUCUUUUUUUUUGUUUGUUAAGCUUUUCUGGAAACUCUAGUUUGCCAUGAAUACGUUAGAAUAGCAUGUUGUGAUUGAAGUAAUUCAAAUGUUGAAAAUUGAGGAAAGUUUAUCAAACAGAAAAGAUGCAUUCUUGACAGAACCGAUUUGGGCGUUUGAUAAUUUUGAAGCAUAAACGUUGGUGGUAGAAAUGGGAGUGUUUAGUAUCAACUGCUCUUGAAAUCCAUCUCGAAUCUAGAUUUUUUGCAUCUACAACCUGAAAUUUGUAAGCUUCCUCAAGCAGCGAGAGGUGCUUGGGGCUCUGACUGCAUCCUACUCAAAGCAUGAGGUUUUGAUUCAAUAAAGAGUAGCUAGGAUUGGGGGUCUUAUUGCUUCUUUGAAGAAUUAGAAGGAAUCGUACAUUUUUUUGUCUGAUUGAUGCAAGUUUCUAAUCUGGCCUUUCACAAGGAAAAUGUCUAAACCUUGGCGCAAGAGUUUCUUAUCGUAAAGUUGAUUAACUAGGCCUUAAUUUUUGGUGUGUUUUUAUGCAUGUGCAGCUUCUCGUGUCCAGUGUUCUUCUUUGGAGAGAGUGCAAAGGAGUUUCUCCUCCAAAAAUGACCACGGAGUGGAAAACCAUUCGACUCUAUCCAAUUCCAUCAGUCAUCUAUCUAAUUCAUAACAAUGUACAGUUUGCUACAUUGACUUAUGUCGAUACAUCGACUUAUCAAAUUAUGGGGAAUUUGAAGAUUGUUACCACAGGAAUUUUGUUCAGGCUGUUUUUGAAGAAGAAGCUUUCUACUUUGCAGUGGAUGGCAAUUGUGUUGUUGGCUGUUGGAACAACCACAAGUCAGGUAAAAGGCUGUGGACAGUCUUCUUGCGAGUCGCUGUUUUCCUCGCCAAUUUAUGGAUAUGUGCUGGGGAUAGUAUCAGCUUGUCUUUCAGCUCUGGCUGGUGUUUACACUGAAUUCUUGAUGAAGAAAAACAAUGAUAGCUUAUACUGGCAAAAUGUUCAGUUGUACACGUUUGGUGCAAUAUUCAACAUGGCACGUCUUGUUCUGGAUGAUUUUAGAGGUGGGUUUGAGCAAGGACCUUGGUGGCAGCGCCUUUUUAAUGGAUACAGUAUCACAACAUGGCUGGUGGUUUUGAAUCUUGGAUCCACUGGGCUUCUAGUAUCAUGGUUAAUGAAAUAUGCCGACAAUAUUGUAAAGGUAUAUUCAACCUCAAUGGCUAUGCUGCUUACAAUGGUCCUAUCGGUCUUCCUGUUUAAUUUUAAGCCAACACUACAGGUAAGGGUUUGUUUCUCUCACGGUUUUAAUCAGCAUUUUUUUACAGUAAAACAUUAUGAAUUCUACUAUUUUCUUUAAGAUUGGUAGAGAUGUUUAACCAUAGCUUGCUUCAUAUGGAAUGUCUCACGAGGAAAUAAAAAUUUGUUAAAUGGAAAUUUCACCCUGCCGAAGGAUAUUACCUGCAAUAUUUUUUUUUCUCUUUUCCUUUCCAAUUUUUGCAUUUACUGGCUUACAAAUUGCAGUAAGUUAGCAGAAGCCAAUUAUCUCAUGUCCUUGAAUAGCACGUAUUCUAGAGUGUCGAAGAUUUAACUGUUUGUUUCUAUGAUACAGCUUUUCUUGGGUAUUAUCAUAUGUAUGAUGUCGCUGCAUAUGUAUUUUGCUCCUCCUACCUCGCUGGUCGAUUUUCCUUUAACUGCUAAACCUGCUCCGGAAGACAGAAUUGAAGUUUCUGUGGAAAGAAGAACAGAUUCUUGAUGCUAUGAAACAUUAUUUUAUACAUUACACUUUAGACGAAAUUACAUUCGCCGCGAGCUAGUUUUUGGUUGCUGCGACUUGUAGCUGUACCAUUGUAAAGGUGAAGUACGGGACAUCAAAACGGAAGAGAGAUCUUAGAGUAAACAAAUAUAGGAAGAUAUAUUUGCCACCUUUUCCAUAAAUGUGGUGUUCAUUUCAGAGUUGUAGUGGUAGGUUAUCUUAAUUAUUAGUGCAAAUUUAGUAGUUCCUGUGAUGUUUUACUUUAAGUGGAUUAUAGAGGAAAUAGUUUGGUUAGUUAACUUGAUGUCUUGAUGUAAUUUACUCCUGUGAUUCCAGGAGUGGGGGUAAAAACCUGGUUAUAGGAUAUUGUUAACAGCGAAGAUCUUUUGUACAUUUUUACUUGGGAGCAAUUCUUUGUUGGAU